AUGGGGAAAACGGCGCACUAUGCCACCCCUUUUGCUGAUGCUUCUGUCGUCAGGUCCCAGCAUGAGAAUUCCUUCCAUGCUGGGCUGAAUCUCAUGCCCAGCCGGGCUGCUUCCAUCCAUCCGGAAUGCACAAUAUUUCAACAGGUGGUGAAGGAUAAGGCUCAGUGUUUGGACCAAAACCAAUCUGUACGGUUAGAUUUUAAAGGUUGUGCGGGAGAUUGGGAUGGACUGAGCUGCUGGCCCGAAGCUGACUUUGGAGAAACAGUAACCCAACCAUGCCCAGGAUUUUUGGAACAAAUCACCAGCACUCAUGGGUUCCUGCACCGAAAUUGUACCCCAGGUGUUUACUGGUCGGAACCAUUUCCAUCUUACUCAGUUGCCUGUGGCUUUGAAGAAGGUUUAACAAGGGGACCAGAAGAUCAGAAAUCAUACUACUUGGCAUUCUGGUAUAUCUACACCGCCGGCUACGCAAUAUCUUUAGCGUCGCUUAUUACUGCCCUUCUCAUCUUUGCUUUCUUCAGGAAAUUUCACUGCACAAGGAAUUACAUCCACAUGCAUUUAUUCACCUCCUUCAUCCUGCGGGCUGCUGCGGUGUUCACUAAAGAUGCCAUAUUGUUCUCCGAUGACAGCAUGGACCACUGCCUGAUAUCGACAGUUACCUGCAAAGCAGCUUUGGCAUUUUUCCAGUUCAGCAUCCUGGCUAACUUCUUUUGGCUCUUAGGGGAAGCCCUACAUCUGCAAACCUUGUUACUGCUGGCCUUCAUACCUGACAAACUGUAUGCCAGGAGGUUCAUCCUGAUUGGCUGGGGAGCACCCGUAACUAUAACGUUGGUAUGGAUUUUGACCAGAAUCUACAGACAGAAUACUGGAUGUUGGGAUGAUGAUGAAGAAGACUCUGUGAUGCUGUGGAUCAUCAAAGGCCCCAUCCUGUUCACAGUCUUGGUGAGUUUUCCUUUGAUCUGA